AGGAGUGCUACUACCUAGUUCCUAGUCAGGGGCCUCAAAUCGGGGACUGCCUGGCUCCUGCCAAGGGCCCACCCCUGAAUUCACCCCUUCAGCUCUCAGGGUGUCCCCCAAAAGACAGCUUGCUCCAAAUCCCCUUGUUGGAGAGGGCCACCCGAGGUUCCUGGGACCCAAGAUGGGAAGAUGUGGGCAUCUCUUCUGGCUGUUGUGGAGAAGAGCCAGACCUGGCAGGGGCAUGCAGACAGGGCCAUGGAGACCUGGCAGGGAUUGCCAGGCCUCAUUCACACCCCUAGAAACCCUCAGGAUGAGGCUACAAAUAGCAGCUUAUGGGCUUGACUCACCCUUGGGGAAACCUCCGUGUCCUGGCCACUUGAGCCCAGGGCAGCAGUCCCUCCUCAAGCCCACAGGUGGACAGUUCUUUGGGAGGCUGGUGGGCAUGGAGGCAUUUGCUGAUGGGCAGCAGAACUGGCCAAGGAGGGCAAGCUGGAGCAAGGCAGUUACUGACCCUCCCCUGGGCACUGAGAGUCUGCCCAGAGGAGGGCAGAGCACCUAACACUUGGAAUGCCCCGAGUCCUGGCCCUGCCCCAGCCCCUCUGCCCAGACUAUGGACUGGGGGUUGUGUCUUCAGAUACCUGCUGCCGCCCAGCCUCAGAAAGGCCCAGCCUGAGGUCUGUCAACCUGAGAAGUGCUUGGGAACAAGGCCCCCAGUAGGCCUACCCCCCAUCACCUUGUUCUGGGAACAAAGGACCCCACCCUGGAGACAGAACAUGAGGAGCAGCGAGAACCACAGGAGGAAGUCUGACCCCAGUGUGCCUCUUUGCACCCGGGACCUCCCCAGGGCCAUGCCAUCCUGAGGUACCUGCAGCAGGACAGGUGCUUUGGCCAGACUGAGGGACCCCCAACGUGAUUUUUAAAAAUAUUUUUUAGUUGUAGGUGGACACAAUACCUUUAUUUUUAUGUGGUACUGUGGAUCAAACCUGGUGCCUCUCACGUGCUAGGCGCUGAGGCACAACCCCAGCCCCACCAACAUGAUUCCUGAUGGCAGGUAGGAAGGGACAUUUUGUGGCAGACAGAGAAGGCCCCCUCCCUCUCUGGUCAUCCUGAGCAACCUCUGCCCAGGCCCUUCUCUCUCAUGCUGACCUGGGACCUCUCCCUCACCUCCACCCAUGGCCAAAAUUGGAAACAGAGGUCACUACAGCCCCCGGCACAUUCUUCCCUAGAGCCCAGCCCCCCACCCUUCAUUCCCUUACCUGCUCAUUCAGUAUUCCCUGGGCAGCACCGGGGGAGGUGCCCAAGCUGACCAGGGAAGGAUCAGCUGAGCUAGGACUCAGGUGGACCUGAGAGUGAUGUCGGGUGGUGGGUGCACAGUUAGAUGGGGCCUGGGUCUGGGGGCUGCCUGGGCUCUGAGCCUCAGUGGGGUGUGUAUCAGUCAGGCUCAGCAGAUGGGGGUUCUGAGCAGGGGCUAUCAAGAGAUCUUUGGGGACUGCAGUUUCACUGCUGAGUACAAAAGGGACAAUGCUGUCCAGGCUGCCUCCUUUCCAGAGGUUGGGGACCAGGCCUGGUGCCAGCCCCAGAAGGUGGGGCAAAGGGCAGACCCAAGUGUGCCUUCCAUCCCAGAGCCUACCUUCCCCUUCCAGCUUCUGCCUCCAUCCAUACCUGGGCCUGCGUGAAAGCAUCCCAGCCUGGAGCCAGCAGAGCCACUGUGACAUGCAGACAGCCUCAGCCAAGGUACACUUGCCAGUACCUCAGGACAGCUGCUGGCCACUGGCCCCAGGAGAGACACCUGCCAGGUGGAGCAGAGGCCAAGCCAGGACUGGAGGAGAGGGAGCAAACAGUAUUGGAGCUGGGGAGCCCAGAGGCUCAGAACCCCUCUGUGGUCGGUGGAGAGGAUCAUGCCCAGGAGCUACUGACCCCCCGCUGCCAGCCCAGCACCAUGUCAACAGGCCAGCAGGUUAUGACAACAUCUUCAAGACACCAAAGGAACUGUCCUGCACCCAUGUCUUCUGCCUGGAGUGCCUGGCCCGGCUAGCGGCCGCCCAGCCCACGGGCUCCGGCAGUGAGGCUGUGCCUUGCCCAUUCUGCCGGAAGCCCACAGCUGUGCCAGCUGCUGGGGCCCCUGCCCUGCGUACCAGCCGCCAGCUGCAGGCCAAGAUGCCCGCCCACCUGCAACGAGAGGAGCCAGUGUGGCUAGAGGGCACCAAGCUGUGCUGCCGCCCACUGCCUGCCACACCUGGCCGUGAGGCACCCAGCUUUGUGUGUGUGGAUGUGGGCCUGAGCAAGCCUGCUGAACCUACCCCACCUGUGCCUGUCCCAGACCUGGCCCCACGCCGGAGCCGCCUGGCCCGCUGCUGGGCAGGCUGCAGGGACUGGCGGCGCUUGGCAUUGGUCUCUGUCCUGCUGCUGGUGCUGUUCUGCAUGGUGCUCUGGCCCGUGCAGUGCGCGCUCAAGACUGGGAACCUGCGCUGCCUUCCCCGGCCACCUACCGCCUCCAGCACUGCUGCCACUGCCUUCUCCCUUGAGCCCCUGGCUAGCAACUAGGGUCACCAGCCUAUGGCCAGGCCUCCGAUCCGCCGGGGUCAGGGGCACAGCAGCUACUGGAAAUUUAUCCCCUAGGACCCCACUGAGGGUCCUCAUGAGAUGGACAAAGGGUGCCCAAGGUCUCUAAGAUUGAUUGGCUCCGACAGGCCCUAGACGCUAUCCCUUCCCCUGUCACACAGGUGGUGGAAGGGACCCAGGAGGUGCUGGCCUCCUCCACACACUGCAAUGCAUGGAGGGCUUACUGUCUUUGAGGCCAUUUCACCAGGGCCUUCCCAGGGCUCUCUCUAGGCAGGGCUGGCCCCUUCUGUGGAGGGAUCAGAGAGCAGAGGCAGGCCAGGCCCUCUGCCCAGGCCACUGCAGAAACUGCCCAGAUGCCCUUCUAUGCUUGCAGAUAGUACAUUUUAAAAUAAAACGUUUUUAUAUCCA